AUGACAUUUCCAUUUACGUGAUAUGGUUGUUUUGGUUUCAAACCACUCAACUUUAUUAUUGAUUAUCUAUUCACGAAAGAACAAACUCGAAAACAGUGAACUGCUUUAAAUUGAUCACGAUUUUGAUGGAAGAAGUACAUAUCUAUGAUCUACCAGAGGAGAUACUGCCGUAUAUAUUCGAUCAUUUGCCACUACAGGACUUGAAGAAUGUUUCGCUGGUGUGCAGGCUAUGGAGUCAAAUUGCCUUUUCAGGACGAUUUCUGAAUCGAGUAAUGCUUAGAUUAGACUUUCGCGAUGGUAUUCAAAAUCUGUACGAACGGUACCUAUUGCACAGUGAUCGAGCAUAUCGUCAUGUGGGCUUCUAUUACCGGAGUGAUCAACUGGAUCUCGAUAUGCUACUGGCAGUACUAGAAAAACUAGAAGAUUCAAUUAUAACACUUAAAAUAUGUCCAAACUAUUUUAUCAUGCUUCCUGAUCUGCGACAAAUACUGAUGCAGGUGCCCAAUUUGGAAAGUCUCUUCAUCGUGUCCCGAAUAUGCCCCGACUUGAGCAAAAGAGAUGCCGGAAUGUCAUUUCCAGUUAUGAGAAAAUUAAAACACCUUUAUCUGGAGAACGACGGCGGUUUGCAACUAGACGAAAUUGAUUUUCGUACCAUGACUCCGAACAUUAUCAGUUUAGACAUGGACUGUGAUUCGGAACGGGCGCUGACCGUGUACGAUCAUUUUAGUUCUCAGCUGCGUGAAUUAGCUGUAUUUUUCAAACGUGAUGACUACUUUCUGCCCUUCUGUGAGCUACGAUUUUCAGAGCUAGAGGUGCUUGAUUUCUACAGUGACGACCAACAGUUUGAUAUUCCCCAAUCGGUGCAGAUGGUGUGCCAAUUUUUCCAGCGUAUGCCAAAAUUGCAAAAAAUAACGCUGCGAUGCAACAUCAAUGAGAAAGUACUUAUGACUAUUACAGAAAGUUGUCCAGAGUUGAAUACGCUUUACUUGAAGGGCGACAACUUGGGGGAAAAAUCUUUUUCUCAUCUAGGGCAAUUAAAGAAAUUGAAGAGUUUGAAAAUCGAGGGUUGGAUUCGGUGCAACAUUUUGCAAGGCUGCAAACCAAUACCGUCUUUAGAUCGGAUGUAUCUGCACUCAGUGUUAGUAGACGAUACACAAGGUUUUUUCCGGUUACUAAAAGAUAUAGCCCCUAACUUACGUACGCUGGAAGCUAUCGAAUCAGACAUUGACGAUGAUUGUCUGAAAUAUAUUAGCUGUAAUAUUGCAUCUUUACGAUGUUUAGUGUUGGAGUUUUGUCCAAACCUCACUGAAGAAGCCUUCAGUUUUCUCGACCGUCUCAAACAACUGCACGAGCUCAAGUUAGGAUAUCUCGAUGUUCCUCAAAACUUGUUCGAGCUGAUGCCACCAAAUUCUGUCCGUCAUUUUUCUCUGUACCGCUGUGAUAAACUAGACAAUGCGGCACUUCCAGUGAUAGCGGAUAAAUUUCCCAAUCUGUGCUACAUGGAAAUCGCAAGCUGCCACAAAAUCACUUUGGAAGGGGUCGAAACGAUGAGGGCUUUAAUGCCGAAUGCAGAAAUCGAAAGUUUUUUGCUUUUCUAGCUAAACGGUAAAACCACCAGAUUCUACACUGUCUUUUUUGAGCGGUUUCAAAACAUGCGGGAACGUUCACACGAGGAGAUGUAGCUGAAAAAAGCACGAAGGGAUCACUAGCGACCAUAUUGUGGGUUACGAGGUAUAACUAGAUGUAGUAUUAGCCACAUAUGCCACGAGAAAAAUAAAUUGAUGGAUGCAUGAAUGGAUGGAUGUUAUUACUUUGUAUUGCAUAACCAUCGGUCGGGUUAUCUGGAAUGACUUCAUCAGAAGAUUGAUAAAGAAUCAAUAAUCAAAGUAAUAGAAAAUAAUUCGAAUCAUAGACCUAUUAAUAGAGCAGGCAGUUUCACAUUUACAAAAUAUGAGUUCUAACCAUCCAAAGUAUAGUAGCACACUGUAUUGAAUCCAUGGUUUUGGAGUAAUUAGAGCAAUUUAGCUGAAAAUUUUAGAAUUAUCUUGUUAUUUCUCAUCAUUAUGGCAGCCCAUUAAUACUACACAAAUCAUUAAGAACGAGAUCAAUCUUUUUUUUUUGGUCUUCUUUUUCAUUGUUACAGAAUGAAAUAUGAAAAUGAGAAUCCGCCACUCUGUACUGUUACAGUGAUACCAAAAAUUAUUGGUUAUAGGCACAAAAGCUUGAAAUAUAAGAAGUAAUGUUUUAUUCA